CUGUAUAUCUACACCUCUGCCAUUGCAGCAUUGGUGGCCGGAUCAGCACGUCUCUGCCAACUUUUCGUUGUAUCCUGCUCUGGCCGUUCCCCGCACAGCCCGGUUCUGCCCGAGUUCCAUGUCACAUGCAAUUGCUGCUGUUGGGGUGAUUCAGUUUGACGUUUCCUGUCUGACCCGGUAGUGCAUCCUUUGCUCCGCCAUUGGCUCGAUAUCCUCUUCCACAAUGCUGCCAGCUUCGCAAAUCGCCUCGCCUCGUGCAAGGCUUCUACUCGCCCGCGGUGCUCUGGCUUCUGCGCAAUCAAGUACCAGCCAACAGUGCCGACAAUUCUGCGGCUUCGAUCUCGGGCGCCAGCGCCAGCGCGUCUAUGCCUUGAAAUACCUGGUUAACCGACGCCUCUCCUGGGAGAACCCCAAAUCAGGGAGCACAAAGGCAGCCGCCCCUUCUUCCGGAAAAUACACCAGAGUAAAGGACAUUAAGUCGUGGUCGGAUGACUUGUCUGGGGCCCGCCCCGGUCGCAAUAUUGAGGAUGUCGAGCGAGAGGCCAUCAAUCAUCUGUUCAAUAAGGACGAUGGCGUAUGGACAUUGCUGCAGAAUCUCCGACAGCAAAUGCACCCACACCGCAGCUCCGGCAAAGUCACGGCCGAGAAUGUGCUGAAAGCCACUACGGGUGACAGCCUCAACUUCAUCGACCCCAUUACCAACCGCAAGGUGACCCGCGCCGAGCGUGGCAAAUACUCGGCUACGGGCUUCGACGACCCGAAUGCACCUCGAAAGCUGACCCCAGAAGAGGAAUCGAAGCAGUACACUGAUCUCGGCGACUACAAGCCCGCGAAAUGGAACGAGCCCGAUGGCCUGCCCCAUCUGACCCCUGAGGAGCGCUCCAAGAUAUACGAGGACUUGCCCGAGUACUCUAAAAUGAAGAUUGACAAUCCAAACGCACCACGAAAGCUGACACCCGAAGAAGAGUCAAAGAAUUACGACGAUUUGGACAAGUAUAAGCCCGUGACGUGGAAUGAGCCCGACGGCCUCCCACAGCUUACGCCCGAGGAGAAGUCUAAACUCUACGAAGAUCUUGACAAGUAUGGCCCCGUUAAGUGGAAUGAGCCCGACGGGCUACAAGAGAGAACUCAGGAAGAAAAGUCCAAGGAUUACAAGGACUUGCACAAAUACGGCCCCGCCACCUGGGACGAGCCAGAUGGCCUUCGUCGCCUGACUCCAGAGGAAAAGUCGAAAAACUAUACAGAUUUGCAUGCGUACGGCAGCCCGUUUACCUGCAGGGAGUCUGUUCUCAAGGACUACGAGGCCAUUCAGAACGACCCCACGCCCAAGGCAGAGCCGAUUCCUGCCAAGGUUGAGGUGCGUGACUGCAAGCCAGAGCAAUAUGAUGACCUGGACAAGUACGGACCUGUUCGUUGGAAUGAGCCCGAUGGCCUUCGUCCAUUGACCCCCGAGGAGCUCUCUAAAAACUACGAGGAUCUCUACCGAUAUGCGCAAUAUCCCAACGCCGGCCCCGCAGUUCCGCGAAUUCACCCGGAGGAGGCAUCCAAGGCAUACAAAGACUUGCCCCAGUACUCUGCAUUUCCUAAUGCAGGCCCGGCAGUGGAGAGAAUCCAUCCUGAAGAAGCCUCCAAGGUCUACAAGGAUCUUCCCGGCUAUGCUGUCGACGGAUUUGUCGAGCCGGACAAGAUUCGUCACGUCCACCCCGAAGAGCUGACAAAAAAUUAUACCGACCUGGGUGCGUAUGAGCCGCAGACCUUUGACUCUCCCGAUACGCCUUACCCCAUGCAUCCUGAGGAAGCAUCGAAGGCGUACAAGGAUCUUCAUGGUUACCAGGCAGCCCCUCCAGAUGUGGAGUCUUACGACGCAAAGGUGUCUGGGGAGGAGAGCUCCCUGGAGGCGUUGACGGCGGAUGAGAUUCGAAGUCAGGUGCUGAGCAGGGCCAACGUGGGUGCACAAGAGUUGGUAGCAGAAAAGGAAGAAGCAGAGAUGGAAUUGAGUUCUAUGGAUGAAAGGUUUCCCAGUGAGUUGUCAAAGUCCGAAUCCGAACCGAUCGAACGCAUCACCAGCAAACUGGCCCAGUUACGCGCCGAGAAGGACCCGUACUCUAACGAUCCAAAGGGACUAGAAACUAGCUAUUCUGAGGAGUGUGGCAGCGAGACGGCGGCGGCUGUAGCCAAGCACUACGAGUCGUCGCCAGCCUCGGCCGCAGCGGUAACAGAUGAGCCAACCAUGUACAAGAUCCUGGCCUACGACACGUCAACCGAAUCUGUUAGCGUUGCCGAGACCACAUCCGACGAUCACGACGUUUCUACUCCUGCAAAACUGACGGACGUGUUGAUGCAACUAUCGCACGCGUCCAAAUUUCUCCCUUACUUUAAACCACUACAGGAACACGGCUACGAUAUCCAAUCGGGCGGCGGCGAUGUGCUUAUUUUCCGCAAGAACCGGCCUGCUUCCCCCAACGCCAGCGACCUCCCUUCUGAACCGGCGCCCAGCAACACAAACACCACUCGCAUCAAUCCGGUUGACAUGAUGGGACAGUCCGUGACGGGCAACUUUGCCAGCCCUACUGGAUUCGUUAACUACGACGACAGCCUGGAGGACUACCACAAGAAGCGAGCACCACCUUUUCGCACCGCUGAUACGCAACGGGGCAAAGCCGAGCGGGAGGGGCCAGUGGCUCCCGAGAAGAAGAAGAGGAGCCUUGGCAAGAAGCUGGUGAUGGGCACCGUCUGGGUAGGAGGAGCAGCGUAUGCUGUUGGGGCUGUAGCAGAGCACCUUUCUACGGCGGCCAAAUAAGCAGAACGCCCCAACGCUAUAUAUGUUGUUUGAUCACCAGAGUUUUUAUAUUUCCAUUUUUUCUUUUCUUUAAAACCUUUUUUUUUUUUUUUUAUCUUUUUCACCCCUUUUAUUUUUCCAAGGUUGGCUGCAUAAGGGGCCACUCCCACGACGAUAUGCAUAGGCUCGGGAGUAGGAGUUUGUUUUGUCUUUCAUCAUCAUUUCUCCUCUUACUCUUUUCCUUCUUCUCUCAUUCUUGCUUGUCUUUUAGGUUCUUCUCUUUCUUCUUCCUUUUAUCUACUAUGGGAUCAAGUUUGAAAUACCCCCAUCGAUCGCGAAUGCGGGCUGGGAGCGACAUGUCGCGAAUCACGAUUGCUUUUGUUUCCUUUCUGCUUUUUAACCGUCUGUACAUUAGCUAGCAGUUUUCUGGCUCAGGCCG